AUGCUCCGGCUCCUCCCCCAAUCUCUCCCCAAAUCCGCAUCUAAACUCACCCCCCUCUACACCCUCUACCUCUCCUGCAACACCAAACCCGGCGCCCGGCGCCCGCUCCCCGCCAACGCAAGCGGAACCAUCACCGCCAUGCGCGACGACAAAGUCGACGUGAGCGUUUCCGCGCCCCCAAAAGACGGCGAGGCGAAUACCGCUGUGAGGCGGGUUUUUGCCAAGGUAUUCAAUACAGCGCCGUCGAAUGUAGAAGUGAUUCGCGGGGAGAAAAGCCGGGAGAAAGUAUUGAGGAUUGAAGACUUGGUGCUGGAUUUUGGAAGAAGGGAGUUAAGCGGAGAGGAGCGGAUAGAGGAGGGGUUACGGAUUGUUAAGGGAAAGUUGAGGGAGCAUUGUUUGUAG